GAAACGGUAAAAGUUCGAACUGGCAACAACCUACUCGGCGUGGAAAGGUUCCGUAGUCGGCGUUCAUUGGUGUCUAUCACGCAAGAAACAGAUUGGGGAACACACAUCGGUGAAAAUAACUUGAUCGUCAUCGACACCCCGCCUAUACUUCUACGCGAUGGCAGCACUAAUAGAGGGAAGGGUGGUCCGAAGUCUGUGGCUCUAGAAAUCAGCAAGUGUACCAAAAUCGCCAACAUGGAAGGUGGUGGACUGGAUGCCAUUAUUCUGACGUUCAACAUCAAUGAUAGGCUCACGCCAGAACAUCAAAAAUGUCUGAGGAAUCUGGAACUAAUUUUUGGACCGGACAUUCAUCGAUAUUUGAUCGUUCUAUUUACAAGGAAAAAUCAGUUAUCGGACGACGGUGUUUCUUUGACAAAUUUUCUGCAAGACACUCCUGAAUUUUUAAGAAAUUUGCUUUAUAAGUGCGGUAACAGAGUAUUGGCGUUUGAUAACAAGACAAAAGAUGAAAACACUCGACAGACUCAGAUAAUUUUGUUGAUGAGUAUGAUUCACGUGAUGAAGAAGAAAAAUAACAAUAAACCAUACGACACUGAUAUAAGGAAGAACGUUGUUGCGAUGUACAGUAGCCGGAAUGAGUUCAGCCCUGGCUGA